AUGCAUCGAAUUUUUGCUGAGCUAGAGCCAUCUGUAACCGUCACCGAGCAAAACCUGGCAGACCGAGUUCGGUAUAUCUUGCGCUCAAAUACAUUUGAUGUCACCGAACUCAAACGGCUACGACGUGAGGCUGUUCCUUCAUCGGGUGAAAAUGCUGCGGCUGAGGAUGCGGCGCCACAACUUGCUGAGCAAACGGCAAAUGUGGAUGCCGCCGUGAAUACGCCAGUUGUGGUUGAUUCAAACGAUGAUGGAACAGUCGCCCAGGAACUGGAACUAGAGUAA